AGUACAUCUCUUCCUCUCCCUCUCUCUCUCAAGAAUUGGAAAGAAAACCAGUAUCUCUCUCUCUCUAAAGUUGUGAAGAAAAGUACAGUGUUAUAGAAAUGGAGAGCAACAUGCCAGAAAUAGCUAAGAGAGUGUGGAACAUGGUUUGCGUUUCCUUCUUCAUGCUCAGAAAAGGCAUAUCCAAGGGCAGAAUCAUGAUGGACCUCAACAUGAUGCUCAAACGCCGCGGCAAGCUCGCUGGAAAGGCCAUCGCCAACCUCAUGUUCCACCACCACCACGGCAGCCCCACCUCCUCCGACAACCCUGACCUCCGUUUCUCUGCCGGACGAGAGUACGAGUUCAGCUGCAGCAACACUCCCAACUACAGCUUCUUCCCAAAGCGCCAUCACGGCCACCAUCGCCGCCACAGCCACAAUCCCUUCUUCUUCGCAUGUGCUCACGUGCCGCUUACUCAGGAUGACGACAUGGUGGCCAUCAGUAAUGCGCUCAAGGCGUCGUUGGAGAUGCUAGAUAACGACAAUGGUCCUAACAACAACCGGAACAAGGAUAUGGUGGAGGCUUCGCCGGCGCUUCCGGGGUUCGGAAGGAGUCCAACGGUGAGGCAGCUGAGGGUGACAGACUCGCCGUUCCCAGUGCAAGACGGCGACCAGGACAGGGAUCACCAAGUGGACAAGGCGGCGGAGGAGUUUAUAAUGAGGUUUUACAAGGAUCUGAAGAAGGAAGCUUGAACAUAAAAUUAUUCAUGAUCUCCGCCGUGCUAAUUAUGCAGUUUUGGAUAUGGCUCGUAGACUCUGUUUUGGCAAAAAGGGGAAAGAAAAAAAAACUGGAUAUUGAUAUGUUGAUAAUAAUCAGUUCGCUCCUUUGUGCAUUAUAUGAAUUUGUAAUUAAGUUUAUUAUUGUUUUUCUAUGAUCACUGCAAUAAAAAAAAAAUUAAAGGAUGCAAUUGGCUAUCCAUUGUUUCUUUCUCCUCCUGCUUUCAAUGUCACACGUGAGUAUCUCUUA